CGCCUGGGGGCUCACGGUCGUAGUGUGAGGUUGUGGUGGCCAGUAAGUGAGUUUGUUUUCGAGCCGGUGUUCUGCAAGGCCGGAUCAUCAUGGCUACCUUCCUCGUGCUCAGGAACCAAGCGAAGAUGCCCAUCGUGGGCCUGGGCACCUGGAAGUCCCCUGCAGGCAAAGUGGCUGAGGCAGUGAAGGCUGCAAUCAAUAUUGGAUACCGCCAUAUCGACUGUGCCCACGUCUACCAGAAUGAGAAUGAAGUGGGUGAGGCCAUCCAAGACAAGAUCAAGGAGAAUGUUGUGAAACGGGAAGACCUCUUCAUUGUCAGCAAGCUGUGGUGCACGUACCAUGAGAAAAAGUUGGUUAAGUCAGCCUGCCAAAAAACUCUGAAUGACUUGAAGCUGGAUUACCUGGAUCUCUACCUUAUUCAUUGGCCUACAGGAUUUAAGUCUGGGGACGAUCUUUUCCCGUUGGAUGACAAGGGCAAUAUGAUUCCCAGUAACACGAGCUUUUUGGAUACGUGGACGGCCAUGGAAGAGUUGGUGGAUGCAGGCAUGGCGAAAGCCAUUGGAAUCUCCAACUUCAACCAUGACCAGAUUGAGAGCCUCUUGACCAUGCCGGGGCUGAAGUACAAGCCGGCAGUUAACCAGAUCGAGUGCCAUCCAUAUCUCACCCAGGAGAAGUUGAUUGCAUAUUGCCAGUCCAAGGGCAUUGUAGUGACAGCCUACAGUCCCCUUGGUUCUCCAGAUCGGCCAUGGGCCAAGCCAGAGGACCCUUCUCUCUUGAAUGACCCCAGGAUCCAGGCCAUUGCAGCAAAGCACCAGAAAACCACAGCACAGGUUCUGAUCAGGUUCCACAUCCAGAGAAAAGUGGUUGUGAUCCCCAAGUCAAUCACCCCAUCACGGAUUGCUGAGAACUUUCAGGUGUUUGAUUUCCAGUUGUCUGACGAGGAGAUGUCAACUAUACUCAGCUUCAACCAAGACUUCAGAGUCUGUGCCCUGGUCAAUGCUGCUUCUCACAAAGAUUACCCCUUCCAUGUGCCAUUUUGAAGUUCUGGCCAGCUGCUGCCCAGUGUCCACACGAUGGUCUCCUGAUGCUUCCAGCUGCGCUGCCUUGUCUUGACAAGAGUAUGUUGUUCUUCUUCAUUGUAUCAGUCAACCCUGGCCUCUGCUCCCAAGAGCUGGGUCAACCACAGAAUACCGCCAUCCUCCAGCCCAGCUAGGAGGAGUACAGAACGACUACUCCCUCCCCAGAUGGGCCCUGCAAAUAAGUUUUCUUUCUUUUAGUAACAAGUAGAUUUCAUCUGUUUGAAGUUAUAAACCCUAACUUCUUGCUUUAAAUUAAAAAAAAUCUUUCACGUUA